AUGCUUCUCAAGCUGGCCGUCCUGGUACCAGCCCUGGCCCUGAUCGUAGGCCAGGUACAUGGCUUCCCGAAGCCCGAGGGCACCAGAGGAGAUAAAACCUUACACAACAGAGAAUUAAGUGUGGAGAGACCACUAGAAGAACAGAUUGCCGAGGCAGAGGAAGACAGAAAGAACAAAAACAUCCUGACAGAAAAUAAGCCAGAAUUCAGAAAUUAUUCCUUUGUUGAUGACUUGAACUUGCUCAAGUCGGCAGCAGAAAAAGAGAGGAAGGAAAAGGAGAGGGGACCGAUCAGAAGCGCCCUAUAUGACCAGCAACUGGCCCUUGAUGACGCAGAUUCCACCAAGAGUCGCAGGCUAGUGGAUGACUAUGACACCACUAAAAGCGGUCUGGACUAUAAAUAUCAAGACGACCCUGACGGACUUCAUCAGCUCGAUGGCACACCGUUAACUGCAGAAGAUAUUGUCCAGAAGAUCGCCAUGAGAAUAUACGAGGAAAACGACAGAGGAGUGUUUGACAAAAUUGUUUCCAAGCUUCUGAAUCUGGGACUCAUCACCGAAAGCCAAGCCUACACACUGGAGGACGAGGUGGCUGUAGUGUUACAGCAGCUAAUUGCUAAUGAAGCGAAAGAUCGGGAAAAGGCGCCCGAAGAGCUUGAUUACCUUCCAAGCAGAAUAGACAGUAAGGCUGAAGAAAAACAGGAGGAGAAAAUGGUGCCAAAAAAUAUGGAUCGAGACGAUACCUUGGAUCACACAUGGGCUUCCUCUAACAUGUUGGAACGAAGGAAUGAGCUGCCCCCUGGGGAUAAUUUUGAAGACCUCCAGUAUUUCCCUAACUUUUAUGAGCUACUGAAAAGCCUUAACUCAGAGAAAGAAGCCAAGGAAAAAGAAACCUUGAUAACUAUCAUGAAGACCUUAAUCGACUUUGUGAAGAUGAUGGUUAAAUAUGGAACCAUUACACCUGAAGAAGGUGUUUCGUACCUGGAAAACCUGGAUGCAAUGAUAGCUCAGCAGACGAAGAAGAAACUUGAGAAGCCCAGUACUAAAAGCAAGCUGUUGUCAGACAAGAGCACCGAAGAGGCUGACAGCACGAAAGCAGCCGCGGCUAAAAUGGAAAAAGAAUACGAAACGCUGAAAGAUUCCACAAAAGCCGAAGAACAAAAUACAGGCAACAACGAAGAGCCAAAAGGGAAAGCAGAAGCGUAUUUGGAAGCCAUCAGAAAGAACAUUGAAUGGCUGAAGAAACACAACAAGCAGACAGACAAAGAAGAUUAUGAUAUUUCCAAACUGCGUGACUUCAUUGACCAACAAGCUGACGCUUAUGUGGACAAGGGCAUCCUGGACAAAGAAGAGGCAGAUGUGAUCAAACGUAUCUAUGGCAGCCUGUAAGAAACAGACAGGAGGACGUCCCUUGAAGCUGUAGGGAAUUCUAGUCUAGCUUCAUCCUCUUAUGACCUACAGCCUGUUUGUUUUCUCAGUUUUCAAAGAGAUUGUUAGAAAGUGUUCUGUCUGCGUCGUAUUGAA